AAUGUGAUAAUUUAAAUAUAAAAAAUAAUUUUCUUAAAUUUUAUAGAAAUUGAAUAAAAUAAAAUUAUUUAAGAUGAAAACAUAAAUUGUUUUGUUUGUGCUAAAAGUGCAGUUAAAGUGUAUGUGUUUUGAAGGCCUUUUUAAAGGACCUUGUCAUAUGUGUUUCAUAAAUAAGGACCUUCUCCUAAUGUGUUCUUUGAGCCGUAUGUUUCCUUAAGUGUACGCUGUUCAUUCAUGUUGUAUUCAUCAUUUUGCAUAAAAUUACUUUAUUCAUACUUUCUUUCCCAAAUACUCAGAAGAUAACAACAAAGUAAAAGGUUUACUUAAAUAUUUAUCUACAAAAGAUUUUGAAUCGGCAAAUAUUUGCAAAUACUCGACGUAUUGCAAAAGAAGCAAACAAAUCAAUAUGAAAUUCUUUUGAAAACUAAUAAUUCCAAAAAGGCACCAAAAAAGAAAACCAUAAACGAAUAAUAAAACUAUAUCAAAAGUGGUAAAAUUCCAAGUGAAAUGUCUCAAUUUUAUGGCAACAGGAGAAUAAAGCAAAAAAAUAACAUCUAUGCCCACAAACACGAUGACAACGAAACGUAUAAGUUUUCAGCAACAGCAACAAGCACUACAAAAUUCUCAUCACCAUCAUCAACAACAACGAAGACCACCUGACGUUGAAGAGGCUCUAUCAUCAAUGCUAUGGACACCAUAUGAACGUGCCUCAACAACAGAUACAUCAUCCGAUGACGAUGAUGAACAAUUGCAACGUCAAUUGAAAAAAUCCAAAAGUCAAUAUGAUUAUACAAGUGUACCAACAACAAUACCCCCCUUAACACCACCACCAACGCUGUCACUGCCACCAAUCUCAUCACUAGGAGCAUUAACAUCACUGCCACCCACACAAUACCCGCUAACGCCCACACACUUAACGCCAACAAAUAUUGUGGCAUAUAUAACAACAGCAACACCGGUAAGAGCGGCAGCAACAGCAGCUGUGGCAGCAACAAGUUUAAUAGCAACGUCGAGCGCAUAUUAUACAACAGAAGAUUUAUGUGAUCCAUCUGUAACAACACCAUUAGUGCCUUUUUCAAAUCUUAUGCUAAAUGCGCAUACAACAACAACAGCGACAACAACAACACCCCAUACUCGUUUACUAAACAACACUGCCAUUACAGCUGAACAUGAUGAGGAUGACGAAAUUGAUGACGAUGACGUUGUAGAUGAUGAUGAUGUCAAUGUAAAUGUGGAUGAUACAUUUAAUGAUGUCUACAAUAAUGAGAAUACAUUAGCAGCUACAAGUUCCUCUGCCAUGAUGACAAUGAUGUCAUCUUAUCAACAGAAAAAUCGCAUUUCCUAUCAUUCUUCCUAUGGACGCAUACCAAAUCUUACCAAAUGGUGGUCUACCUCUAAUGCAGCAUCCACGCAACAACAACCAGUUUCAUCAACUACUAAUCGACAAAGUUCUAUAGAAGCAACCUCAGCUGCAGCAGUAACACUCUUACCACCCCCACCACCUGUAACAGCUACCCUAACAGAUGAGACCAAUAAACAACCACCUUCGUACGAGUCCUUGUAUAAGAAACAUUCUCUACGACCAUUACGUCAACGUCAACAUCGUUUGAACAAACAUUUGAAUUUAUUCAAACCCGUUUUGGAAACUUUAAAAGCAAAUGUGACAACAAUAACACAGGGUCGUCGUUUUUCCGCCCUUACACGACCAAAUCAUAAUAGAGUUACUAAUGCUAACUCCAACAAUAACAGCAACAACUUAAAUGCAAUAAACCCAACUCAACAACCUACAACUGUUGUGAGUCGAGAUACUACGGCAACAGCAACGACAGUAGGAAUUACAAUUAGAAAUGAAACGUGUAGCACGGAAAGUACAAGUAACAAUUUGGCUCAUUCAUUUACCGAUAAUUUUCUACAUGAGCACUGUCCUACAUCUCAACAUGUUGCCGCAACACAUGUUGACAACGAGCAUAUCAAUAAUAAUAACAACAAUAAUAACACCACAACAGUAAACAUAAAUGGUGAAACCCCAAUACAACAACAAGUUCUGAUUCAUCAACCGAAACAUACACACGAACAAAUUCAAAUCGGUGCGAAUACGAAAUCAAAACAAAACCAAGAAAACGAAAAUAAACAAAACAAUAAUUUCAUUAUUUGUCAACAACAACAACAAAAACUUCAAAAACAGCUGCAAAAUACAAAAACAUACGAAGAGCAGACGAAAGAGAAAGAAACCUGUAAAAGAGAACAAGAAGAAAUGAACAUAAAUGAAUUCACCACUGAUCACGCAGAGAAUGAAUACACAAUGAAUUGUCAUGGAAAUGCACCACUAUACAAGACAACAACAAUUGCCAGCAACAAUAGUAACAACAUGACGGAGAGUUUAUUUUACGAUUCAUCGUCAGCGAUCAGUUUGACGCGUUCAUUUGAGGCAAACACAUCGUAUACGGUUGGUUUGACGGAUGCCUAUGAUAGUUUUACAACGGAUUUGCAAGACGUAACACGUAAAACAACUGCAAAUACAACAACGACGACGUAUAGCCUAACACCUAAUAAAUGUUUAGCGGAAUUGGAACGUUUGUAUGCCGAAUUUCGGGCCAGUGAAAGUUUACGUGAGCAAAAAUUACGCAAAUCGCAAAAUCAACUUGAAACGUCGGUCACUACGGAAAAUAUGCGUUUAAACGUGCCCGCGUCCACCUCUAACUCCGUUAGCCAAAUGGCAACGGAGAUCGGUGGCAAGUCAGUGAGUGAAACAAGAUUAAAUCCCAGUACAAGUAGUGUUUUCUUAACAACCACAAAUAGUGUUACCACUAUAACGAAUCCUUGUCAGCGUACGCCAAGUUUAACCAUACAAGUGAAUCAGAAUAUUAAUAAUUCCAAUAAUAAUAAUAACAACAACAAUAAUAAUAAUAAUACAAAUGUUAAUAACGGUGGUGGUGGCCAAUGUGAAAAUAAUGAAUCUCAACAACAAAAUCAAAUUGUUUUAAAUCAGGUCAUAGUGAAUACAACAACAAAUGGUGUUAGUGUGAUAAAUUGUAAUUAUGUGAAUAAUGUUAAUAAUAAUAACAACAACAACAAAAGUAUUACAAAUCUAUGCGAUAAUGCAACAAAUACAACAACAUCCAAUAAUAAUAAUGUUGUUAAUAAUCUUAAUAAUAAUCAUUGUAGUCCUAAUAUCAAUAAUAUUUCCAAAAAUAUCAAUGAUAAUUCUAAUAGUUGUAGUAGUGUUAGUGCUAAUAAUAUUAAUGAUCCAACACAUAGUUCAGUGCCUCAAGUGUUAAACGUCAAUAAUGCUGAAGAAAUUGCAAAAAAUUACCAAAAGCAUUUAAAAAAUUCUCCCAAUACCCAAGUGAAAGUAAUACAAGUAAAUGAAAGUAAUACAAAUAAAACAACAAAUAAUACUUCAUCAUCUUCUUCCUCGUCAACACCCACAUCAUCGCCACAGCGCACUUUUGCCUCUACAGAGUGUCAGACGGAUGAUAUUUCAGCGGUGCAACUUCGAUCACCAUCGGUUGGUAGGCCGCCAUUAACAUCGACUUCUUCAGCUAUUUCGAAUAGCACAUCGAACAAUAAUCGUGAACAAAGACGUCGCGAAAGACGUGAACGUCGUCAUUUGCAACAUACUGCUUCCCUAUUGGUUACUCCCACUCACGCUCAUCCCCAUCCCCAUAAUCAUGCCUUACGUCACGGCCACUUAGAUCGUCAUUCUAUGCCGGCUCCUCCUUUACCACCUAUUUUACAUCCUCCCCAUUUACAUCCCGGUCUAGCUGGUAGUUUACAACAAAGUGGCCAUAAUGUUGCCAUGUUACGUCCCAUGUUACCCGAUAUAUUACAUAAUCAUUUUCCACCUCCCUACAGUGCAUUGCCACCGCCACAGUCUAUGACAACGGCCAGUGGUAGUAUGCCACAUCAUAAUGGAUCUCCUAUACCCUUUAGCCAUCCGCAUUCACAUCCUCAUCAUCCGUUGCCACAAACACCGACGGCCACUAUAUUAGGGCCACCACCUCCACCGCCACCGGCUGGUACAACUCUGUUAACAUCCGUGAUAUCAACGGUUCCUAUACCGGGUGCAACACCAAUGGUUAGUGAUGGCCGAUUUACGCUACCGUUACCAAUAAUGAGAAGAUCGCCUUCUGAACGUUCUGGCAAAGGUUGUUGUGGUCAAUGGUUUGCUGGUCCUCCUCUACGUGCCUUAAUAGCGGUUGUUGCUUUGGGUGGUGUUGCUUGUGCUUUGGGUGGUGCUGCCUUGGGGGCUACAGGUUUGGCAGGACCUCCUAGUUCCCACUUUACAGCGGCUUUAUUAAUGAUUGGUGUUGGUGUAGUCUUGGUUACUGUUAGUGGUGCUGCCUGGCGUAUGACAGCACCGGGCGGUCCUCCUUGUCUAGGCUUGGGUUCAAGUGUUGAUUUAGGCAGAUGUGGUCGCCGGCCCUGCAGUAGAGGAGGCGGAGCUCCACAAGGUUUACUUUAUCCAGAAUUUCAGCACAGGCCACCACCACCCUCAUAUCAAGCCAGUAUGCAGGAAUAUCGUUUAAGACUACUUUUACUGGAUAGAGAUCGUCAGAAUGGUGUAGUCAGAGGAAGUUCACCACCACCCACUUAUCGUUCACAUGCCGGAAGUUUGCUAAGAGCUCCCUUAACAUCAACAAUACGCGGCACUAGUGGUCCACAUUCGGGCACACGUUGCGAAAGCAGCAUAGGCGGUUCCGAAUACAGUUUCCCGCCCAGUUAUCGUUCACGCAACACAACACCCGGUACAAUUAGCAGUGAACGUAGCAUUGAAACCGAACCCUCAGGACGUCUUUUAGCCAACGAAGACAUACCCGAACCCUUGAGUGUUGAACAAUUAUCCGAAUAUAAUUCGCUACAACAACGCUGCAACAACAAUAACUCAAAUGGUGGUAAUGCCCAAAAAACGGAACAGAAAAGAAAUUCCCUACAAAUGGAUACAAAUAUUUUAAUAUCAAAAACCGAUACUAAUCUCAAUAGUUUGAAUAGUGAUAAAAAAGAUGAUUUAGUGACUAUUGUCACUAUAACACCACAAAAUAAUGAGAAUUUAGAGGCGAAUGAAAAUCGCAAUAAUAAUGAAAAUAAUGGCACCGAGUCAAGAGAACAAAUUGAAAUAUUGGCUCAUUUGUAAAUAGAAAGGAAAAUUGUUUGUUAAAAAUAAAAUAUAUUUAUUACAAAUAAUAUUAUAAGAAAAUUGUUUUGGACUAUAGAAUAUUAGAUCAGAAGUGGUUAUUUGUAUUAAUUUAAAUAUAUAUCGGUUUUAUAUAAAAUUUAUUUUUUAUGAAUAUAUUCCCGAUUUCCUAAAAGUGAAAAUGGUAUGAUUUAUUUAUUUGUUUAUAACGGGUCGUUACUUAACUUGUAGACUUCAAAUGCUACACUAGAUCCUUCAAGAGUUUAAAACUAGAUUCUUACUUAAUUCUUCCUCAGUUCGAUUGAUAUGGGUAACUUUCUUAAAAUUUCUAAAUGACAAGAGUGCGCUCAUAAGUGGCUCUUUUAGAUAAGGAUUUCUACUUAAAUCUGUAGAUCACUUUUUCAUAUUUUAAAAACCCAAAAAGUCAUACCUUUUCAUAUUUUGUAUGAUGAAAAAUUUGCCUCAAAUUUUGUGAAAUUUUCGUUAUUUUUAAAAUAAUCUUAAAUAUUUUUCCUUCUCACUAUUAAUCCAAAGGUAUUUAUUUUUAUAUAUUUACAAAAUUAAGAAAAUAAAAAAAAACACAACAAAAACAUUGUUAAUUUUUUAUAUUAUUUGUUAAGAAUUUAUACUGUAAUACAUACAUGCUAUAUAAUAAAAUAAUAUAUAAAUUUAACUUUUUGUAAAUAAUCUAUAUAAAAUAUAAACAAUAAAUUUAACAAAAAAAAAAUACAAAAGUUAAACGUAAAAAAAAACAAAAUGAUAUAUUCAUUAAAUAAUUAUGUAUAAAUGUUUUUAUGUAAUUUAUAAGUCAAAUUGUAUUGUCUGUAUAUAAACAAUAACAGAAAGCAAAUCAAUAAAAAGAAAAAUAAUC